GCUCGUUUCCACCCCUUACUUGAGGCUAAGAGAGGGAACGAAGCGUCAACAAUGGCGAGAGAGCGACCCAAAACGCGCACGAGGAAGAUGACGAAGAAGACGAAGAACCCUAGAGAGCGCUCCAAAUCCAAACCCCUCUCCUCUCUCGAUCCCCUCAUCGCGAAGACGAAGACGAAGACGAAGACGAAUAAGAGGAAGAAGGGAAGGAUCGCAAACCCUAAUCUCCUCCCCCUCCGCGAGAACGAAACCCUAGUCGAGGAGCCUGCGGAGGGGACGGAGACGAAGAAGAAGAAGGAGGAGAGCGGCGGCGGCGACUUCUCCCUCAUCUCCGCCGCGCCCGCGGAGCAGCAGCUCCGGUUCUUCCUCCACUGGUUCCAGUCCGGGGCUAAGAUGAAGCUCUCGCCGCUCGAGAUUGAGGCCUACAAUGAUAAUUGCAUGGUUGAGCUGGCCGAGGGUGUGGACCAGAAUGUCGAUAAUUUUAGUGAGCAUGUUAAGGGAGCUUUUGGCACGCCAUGGAAAGAAGCUCUCUGUGAGGGGAAGCUCUCAGAGGGCUCAGUUGAUGCAGGGAGUCCAGCAUUACUUGUAAUAAGCACAUCUGCUUUGAGAUCGCUGGAGCUUCUCAGGGGCUUGAAACCAUUUACAAGAGAUUGCCGUGCAGUGAAGCUUUUUGCAAAGCACAUGAAAGUGGAAGAGCAGGUCACGUCGCUGAAGGGUCGAGUAAAUAUUGCUAGUGGUACUCCAAGCAGGAUCAAGAAGCUAAUAGACUUGGAAGCCAUGUCAUUAUCGCGCCUACAAGUCGUUGUGCUCGACAUGCAAAGAGAUGCCAAGUCUUUCUCCUUAUUCACACUCCCGCAAGUCAGCACCGAAUUCUGGGACUUGUAUCGGAGUCAUCUGGAGCCUAAGGUUCUUUGCGGUGACACGAGGAUCUGUUUCUAUGGCGCGGUACGGAAGAAGGACGUAAACAAAGCACUCGCAUCAGCUGAGUAGUUAUCGACGAGUACAAUCAUGAUCACAGUAUCGAGAGCGGCGCAUCAAAUCCAUAUCGGUAAUCGACAAACACUGUAAAAUCUUUUCUUGAGCAUGUUUUGUUUUAUUUAAUUUAAUUGUUCUUAAGUGAAGAGAAGAAGAAAACGAAAUUAAGCAUCGGUUGUUGUGGUAACUUUCUUAGGCUUGUAACCUGAAUGUUGCUGAACUCAAGUCUCAAUCAUAGAAGACCCCCCCAACUAUAGGCAAUUUUGAAAUAGCUCCCUAACAAUUUCUCUCUUAUGGGACACUAAUUUUUAUUUAUUUUUAUUUCAGGUAAAAUUUUAGUCAAUUGAAUGUUUUGUUAAAA